AUGCAAGCCUCGGAAACGAAAGCCAUUGAAGUAACGGAUCUGACAGUUGCCUAUCAAGAUCAACCUGUUUUGUGGGAUAUCGAUCUGGAUGUGCCACCAAGCGUGCUUUUGGCAAUCGUUGGUCCCAAUGGUGCAGGCAAAACUACAUUGAUUAAGGCGAUUUUAGGGUUAGUACGCCCCGCGGCAGGCAACGUCUUGAUUUACGGCAAACCUUAUGAAGCACAACGCCGGAUUGUUGGUUAUGUCCCGCAACGGGGGAGCGUUGACUGGGAUUUUCCAACAAACGUGCUGGAUGUCGUCAUGAUGGGGCGUUACGGCGCACUUGGAUGGGUGCGACGACCCGGGAAGCAGGAACGGGAACUCGCCAUGCAUGCGUUGGAGAAGGUUGGUAUGGAGGCGUAUACCAACCGACAAAUUAGUCAACUCUCCGGCGGACAGCAACAACGUGUUUUCCUCGCUCGUGCCCUUGUUCAAGAUGCUACGAUAUAUUUGAUGGAUGAGCCUUUUCAAGGUGUUGAUGCUACCACGGAACGCGCGAUUGUUACACUCCUUCAGGAAUUUCGAGAAAAAGGGAAAACGGUUGUCGUGGUACAUCACGAUUUACAAACGGUAACGGACUAUUUCGAUUGGGUGAUGCUUUUGAACAUUCGCCGGAUUGCGAGUGGACCUGUUGGUGAAACGUUCACACCUGAAAAUUUGCGUACAACUUACGGUGGUCGUGUCGCGUUUAUGACAAAGUAG